AUGCGACGCAAAGAAGCAGGAGAGUUGAAAGAUUGGACUCCGCCGGAGGACUUUAUCACGUGGGAUAUACGACUCGCCAUGGCAGAAGGGAAAACGUUUGAGCUUGAUCCAGUGGUGAUAUCGAAGCGGUUACUCCCAAUCAACUUUGCAGCCAUCCACACGACUGUUCUCACCGGGCAUUCAUGGAUGCUAGAUAUCCUCUCGUCACCACCAUCAGAAAACGUCCUCGAUACUCUACUCUCCGAAAUACACACCCACAAACCGACAACAGGCUGGACGAAACAAGCUUUAACCUCACUCCUCCGCGUCGACUCUUCAAUCCGCGAAUCGCAACGUCUAAGCAAUUUCGCAGCAAAUCUGAUUGAGCGACAAGUAGUCUCCCCGUCAGGUCUACACAAUCCGGAAUACGGGUGGACGCUUCCGAAGGGUGCAUUUGUGACGGUUAAUUUGCAGGGGACGCAUCAUGAUGAGGAUAUUUAUGAGGAUGCUAUGAGUUAUGAUCCUUGGAGAUACUCAAGAGUUAGAGAGGCGUGGGAGAAGAAGAGUGAAGAUGAGAGGAAGGAUGAGGAUGGGGUAAAGGCGAGAGGGUUGGGGAUGGUUACGACGAGUGAUGCACAUCUCGCCUUUGGCCAUGGACGACACGCAUGUCCCGGACGCUUCUUUGUCGCUCACGAACUCAAACUCAUCAUGGCCGCCCUCCUCCUCAAUUACGACAUCAAAAUGAUUGACAAACGCCCCAAACCACAAUGGCUAGGAGCAACGAUAAUCCCACCCCUCGACGCAUGCAUAGAGAUUCGACAAAAGAACAAGUCAUGA